UUGUGUGGACGUGUACUUCCAGAGCCGCUUCUACCUCCUCUGACGUCCCCUUGGUUCCAUAUCCACACUGACUAUACUUCAAUUGACGUGGUUUGACGUUUUGUGUUUUUGAACAAUGGCGACGGUGGAGGAGCUAAAGCUGCGCGUGAGGGAGCUGGAGAACGAGCUGAUCAAGUGCAAGCAGAAGCAGGUCGCCAUGGAGGAGGCGCUCCACAGACCCAGGAUCGACAAGAUGAGCGCGGAGGUUGUGGACUCCAACCCGUACAGUCGUCUCAUGGCGUUAAAGAGAAUGGGCAUCGUGGAGAAUUAUGAGAAAAUCCGGACAUUCACAGUAGCUGUGGUUGGUGUUGGUGGAGUUGGCAGCGUGACAGCUGAAAUGCUCACUAGAUGUGGCAUUGGUAAGCUGAUCCUCUUCGACUACGAUAAAGUCGAGUUGGCCAACAUGAACAGGCUGUUCUUCCAGCCUCACCAGGCGGGCCUCAGUAAAGUGGAAGCAGCAGAACACACUCUCAGAAACAUCAAUCCAGAUGUGUCAUUUGAGAUCCACAACUACAACAUCACCACCAUGGAUAACUUCACUCAUUUCAUGGAUCGCAUCAGUCGUGGAGGGCUGGAGGAAGGGAUGCCGGUGGAUUUGGUGCUGAGCUGCGUGGACAACUUUGAAGCCAGAAUGGCCAUUAAUACAGCGUGUAAUGAACUGGGUCAGAUCUGGAUGGAGUCUGGUGUCAGUGAGAACGCUGUGUCAGGUCACAUCCAGCUCAUCAUUCCUGGAGAGACAGCCUGCUUUGCUUGUGCUCCUCCCUUAGUGGUGGCAGCCAACAUUGAUGAGAAGACUCUGAAGAAGGAUGGUGUGUGUGCUGCCAGUCUACCCACCACCAUGGGCGUGGUCGCCGGAAUCCUGGUCCAAAAUGUUCUCAAGUAUCUUUUAAAGUUUGGCACCGUCAGUUAUUAUCUGGGCUACAACGCCAUGCAGGACUUCUUUCCCACCAUGCACAUGAAAGCCAACUCCCAGUGUAACGACCGCUACUGCAGGAUACAACAGGAGGCGUACAAGAAGAGAGAAGCAGAGCGACCCAAGGUUGAAGUUGUAGAGGUGGUGGAGGAGGAGGUUGUUCAUGAGGACAAUGACUGGGGUAUUGAACUGGUGUCAGAGGUGACUGAUGCAGAGCUACAGGCUGCAUCAGGCACCGUGCCGGACCUCCCAGAAGGCAUCACUGUGGCUUACACCAUUCCUACGCAGGAGUCACCGAGGGGAGACACGGUGGAGGAGACUGAACAGAGUCUGGAAGACCUGAUGGCUCAGAUGAGAAAGUUGUAGGCAGCGGUCUGGUCCUGCAUUUCAGCUUUUAGCUAAAACACGCCUUUUCCAUUGCUUUCUUUGGUAAUACAAAAACCUAAUGACUGCUGCUUUGGGACUAAAUGUAAAAUAACCCAGAAUUAACAAUAUGGAGGAGGGGGGUGCAUGAAAGGUGCUGCAGAUGGCAUUACUUACGUGAACGUUAAAAAAAUGAUAAAACCGUUAAGGAAUCGUGUUCUGACGAUAAAAAGUCUUUACAUCUAGAAUAUGGUCAUUUUGCAUUAGAAUGUUUCACAGUUCGUACUUUCUGCAGUUUGAAUUCAUGAUGUACAGUAUUCGCUCCGUCAUUCACUCGGCUUUAUCUAACAACACACUAACAUCUGCUACAACAGCACUAAAGAACAAUGUUUAUGUUGUUUCAAUAAAGUAUUUAUUAGAUGGAAUACAAUCUGA